AUGAGUCUGCCACCCAUAUACCAAAGCGGACACCAUGCUCCCGCCAACACCGCGAGAGCAGCGGAAGAGUGGGAAGAGUGGGAGGAUGACCAUGUCAUCACCCCAAUAGACGCGGCAAAACAGACUGAAGUCUGUCCGUCGGCCAUCGUACCAGCACCACUCCAAGACGGAAACACAAAGGCCGUGCACCUGAGAGCGUCCAGUCUGUCGACGCCCAAAGUGCGCAGAAUUAGAUCACGACAGAGACAAAAGGCACAGAACGCCAGGGCUGGCAUCCGCCUCAUCACCGACAUGUCUGUGUUUCGCCGAAAUACAGGCAGGAAAGGAAAGUUUGUCGACGCCGCCGCCCUCAGGGCCCUGGAAGGAGAACCUAGUUCCGCCUCAGUUGGUAGCUGGAACUGGUUGAACGAGGACGCUGGAAAGAAGUCCGAGUCAACCUCGGAAAUGCGGAGUAACCGAAAUAAAAACCGACAGUUAUCGCCGCAAGACAGAGCUAUUGUUAUUGGAAUAUCGCUGGAGUCGUCGGAUAUACAAGGGCGGCAGAUGUGCCCGCAAACUGCGCUGACCGGCAACUCGACAGCUCCAUUCCCUGCCGCCAAGUUGAACGAUCGUCAUGUACCCCACGAGGCCAAGACUGAUGUGCAGGGACACAAGUCCGUGUGGUCCCCCGAUACACCGGAUACGCCAUGCUCGUUCGGAUCGAACCAUGCGGCAUCUAGCGUAUACUCGCAACUCAUCAUGCGAACUCAGGCUCCGCAAGAAGAGAUGCCGCCCCCGGUUCCGGAACUGCCUUCGAAUUACGACAGGACCACGCACCAGAGGACACUGAGCCUCGAAUCGGGGAAAAGUCGACAUGAGGAUGACGAAAGCGACACGCCAUGCACUCUUUUUGAGGAAGAUGGCGCGCCCAGCCCACAGAAGCAUCUCAAGUCCAAGGAAUUCGGUAUAGGCCUCGAUAGUGCCAGUUCAAGAUCACACGGGUGGUGGGACCACGUCGUUACACCCUUCCUUGACAAGAAAAUGUCCUUCCCAAGUCCAAGGUACAAAACCGAAUCCCCAAAAUCACCAAAAUCACCCAAAUUUCGAACAGAGACGUUUAGGGAUAAAUCGCGGGCAAACCUCAACGCCGCGGAUGAACAUCGAUCAAGGCCGUCACCCUCAGACCUUGUCCCCGUACUCGUACAAGCACCUAUUGUUCGAGCACUACCACCACGUCGGACACCAUCAACGCAGUCUGAUACGGGGCACGCGGAGAGCCCUCAAGAUCUCUCGACAGAGGCGCAGAUUCCUGUUGUAGGGCCGAGCACGAGACAGACGCCGCGAAUUGUCAUCAGUUGUGAUGACAGCCCCAGCGCAUCAGAUAUCCCACCACCCUACUCACCGCCCAAGAAGAAGCAAGAUGACAAACCCGCCAGGUACCGGGCGGUCUUCCCGCCCGGACACCCGCUUCGUUCUCAAUUUCCACCUACUCCGAGACCAGCUUCUCCAGGACUGGCAGGCACGAUGACUUCCCAGAGAGGACACCAAAAGGAGCAGCCCCUGAACCACGCUCCUGCCGUGCCCAUGACACAAAUACAGCCGGUUUUCACGGAGCCGCUUCCCGUACGAGCAGUGGGAACAUUUGUACCCCUCGAACACGCAUGCUCUGCAGCAGGCGGCAGACACAAAGUCGAGCGGCGGCGGCGGCGACAUGAGAAGGAGGACAUGAUUGCUCGCCGCGCCGGUGGCCUCUGGAGGGGACGUGGCUGCGUGUCGUCAAGGGGGUGCUUUGGACGCACAGGUCGUGAAGGCCGCAAGAGAAGACGGGUCUGGAUGGCAAUCUGGGCCGGCACCAUUGCCUUGAUGCUUCUCAUCGUCUUAUUGGCAGUGCUGCUCACACGUCAACACAGCCCAGCAGAGACACGCUCUAUUUGGGUCAACCUGACAGGCUUCCCGCCCAUGCCCACGGGCGUCCUGACGGUGGUAGGGCCAGAUAAUACCGCGGCCAGAUCUGUCUGCACUGAGCCAUCCACGCUCUGGAGCUGCUCUCUGCCCAAGGACCAGCAGCCGUCUGUUUUGCCAUAUAAAGCAAAUCAACCGACGCUGAUUAUGCAGAUCCAAUGGGACAACGGGACUCGCCGUGCAUGGAACGCCCCUGACGGGGAUGCACCCGAAACCUUAUCGCGAAGAGCACUCGGAGCCGCAGCUCAUGCGAUGAGUGUCCUGAGGCGGGACGCGGCGCCGACCGAGUUCUUUCCCGAUCCCGCAGCCCCAAAGUUCAAGGAAGUCUGGUUCCUCGGCGAGACGACGGACAACAUCAAGUCGGAGCAGAAAGGCGGCGAGCGAGCACCCUUCUACAUCAGCCUCCUCAGGUCGACAAACGACACGGUGCCGACACCAAAGCUCAGCCGCAGAGGCGUCAGUCCCAAUAUCGGCAACGCUACGUUCAAAGACAUCAUCCCGCCUCCGGACGUGGAAAGGGACGGCACGUCGGCGCCGGCAGUCAUGAUGCCCACCCCUGUACAGCAGCCCGUCCGUCUCUUUGACCGUGGCCUGCCCACCGAACACUACGGCUUCUACACGUACUUUGAGCGCACCAUUUUUGUCAAGUCGGUCACCAUCCAGAACAACACGGACAGCAACAUGCCUCUGGAUGAGGACGGUGGAUGCCGCAAAACAGAAGCGUCUCAUCUCGUAACCUGGGGCGACACCCGACUUCACGUGCAGAUUUGGACGCGGGCCCUGUCGAGCAAUGCGUCGUCGCUGCUCAAACCGGAUGGCAGCAAGGGCAUCGGCAGCACAGGUGAACUAGUUCGGCCCGGGACUAUGCCGUACCCGGUGACUAUUACGCAGGACACGCAUGGCGGGAACCCGGAUAGGAAGCUUGUCUGGGAUCGGCCCAUUGACGACCGGAUGCAGGUUGCGACGACGGAGGCACAGGCGCUGGUCAAUAACAUGGGCAACGGGGGGACGUGGGUGAACCGGCGGGGGACCGGGAACGCAAAGUUUGGAGGGUUUGACGGAGGCAGCGGAGGAUGCAAGUGCGAAUGGGUGAAUUGGGUGUAG